AUGCAGCAAGCUCCUCAAGACAACCUCUCUCAGAAUCGACCGCAAUCAAGACCAAACUCGGGAGGCUAUGUCUAUGGCGCAGAUUAUCCUCAGGCAACUGGACAGCAGUCGUCGAUUGACCAGGGUCUCCAAAGUCUUACCUUGAGUCCGCCAAGGAGCAACACCUCUCGCUUCCUGGGAAUCUACGAGACUCGAGAUCGAAAUGGGGUAUCUUCAAGCUCGGCAACGGGCCCCAAGGAAACCAUCACAGACCCAGUGCUGUACAGAAAUGGCGUUGUAGCGAGUAAGAUGUUUUUCGGUACUGACACAGAAACUGAAAGGUUGGACCCAGGUUUCAAGAAGCGCCCAGGCAACUUUUUCAGCCGUGGCAAGGUUCUACUUGUGCUAUGGUCAGAGCCCACAUCUCGUGAAGACAUGAACACCGAGAUUACCAGGGUCAGGUUUAAUGAAGCUGUCUUUUCCCGCAUACGCCGCUUCAUCGUGAUUAAGGAAGGCUCAACAUUCUGUACAGCCAUAACCACUUACACAAGCCAAGGAGUAUCCAAAGCCGGCAUCAGGAAAGGUGAUCACGCGAUUGUAUACACUGGCAUGGAGCCGCCCUCCCCGUUGCCGGCAGAAGAGGCUAUCAAUCCUCAUGAAAGUAUGCUCCAACCUCCUAUCCGCAUAGACCCUGUCAAGCCGGGAGACAAGCUUGAUUCACUCGCGAAGAUCAACUACGUCAAAGUGUACACGAUUGAGCACAACCUAAAAGUCAAGCCCUUUGGCAUGGUCAUAAGACUUGAUGCUCUGGCCAACCAGUUCCAUCAAGUAUGGCUCACUCAGCAAGACCUGAAUGCACCCAUCACGCCCGUCGGACGAGGUGCUGCCAGACAGCCACAACAGUUUGUACCAGCUCUUCGUCGUGGCGAGGCUCCUGUCAGAGCAGAGGGUAGUGCAGAUGCCAGGUUGGCCGAGCGUCAACAACUCGCAAGACAGGAAGCGGAAGUCCAGCGCGCAACAGCACGAGCACGCCAAGGUCGAACGGAAGCAGCCAUCUCGGAGGACGACGAUGCGGAGCUCCCUGACCGUCGUCAACGCGCUCGGGAAGAAACAGAAGCCCAGCGUGAAGCCGCAGUGCGUAGGCGCAAUGCCAAUGCCAACGCCGACGAUGACGAGCAGGGCCGUGCUGGUGACGACGACGCCGCCCCUACACAGUCCGACGUAUACCAUACACAGGCUCGACGAGCUUGGCGGCGAAUGACGCGCGAACAAGGCUACUCUACAACGCAGGCAUGGCCUCUGCUGGUUGAUGUGAUUCAGCGCACACAAAGGGUGAGCCCAGAAGAGGCCGAUAAUCUUGCUCGCCACAACAUCUUGGCAGUAGCGCUGGUCGCUCUGCUCCCUUCAGCUCUCGCUCAAUCCGUCAGCGGAACACCGGAAGGUUUCGCUGAGGGCACGACUGGUGGUGCCGCUGGAGAGACUGUCACGCCGACUAGCAUCGACGAGUUGACCGAGUACCUGACAUCGGAGGACCCUCUUACUAUCGUCCUCACAAAGACGUUCGACUUCUCCGACAGCGAAGGUUCCACCACUGAGACUGGUUGCGCGCCUUGGGGAACUGCUUCGGGCUGUCAGCUCGCCAUCAAUGCCAAUGAUUGGUGUGACAACUACCAGUCUGAUGCGGUUUCGGUGUCGGUCACCUACGAGAAGGCAGCUCUGACUCCCAUCGAUGUUGCCAGCGACAAGUCCAUCAUUGGUGAAGGUAGCUCAGGCGUCAUCAAGGGCAAGGGCCUCCGCUUCGCCAACGGCGUCUCCAACAUUAUCGUUCAGAACAUCCAUAUCACUGAGCUCAACCCGGAUUAUGUAUGGGGUGGAGAUGCUAUCACUCUUGAUGGCAGCUCCAACAUCUGGAUCGAUCACGUCAAGACCUCUUUGAUCGGCAGACAGCACAUCGUUGCUGGCUACGAAACCAACACUGCCAUCACCAUCUCCAACAAUGAAAUCGACGGCAAAACCUCCUGGUCUGCCUCCUGCGACGGUAGCCACUACUGGGCUCUCUACUUCACCGGCGAAAACGAUCAAAUCACAUUCAAGGGCAACUACAUCCACAACACCUCCGGCCGCUCCCCAAAGGUCGACAUGGGCACCCUCCUCCACGCCGUCAACAACUACUGGGCUGACAACGCCGGCCACGCCUUCGAGGGCGAGGACGGCUACGUUCUGACCGAGGGUAGCACAUUCGACAACGUCAAGGCCCCUGCAAAGGACUUCAACGGAGCGAUGUUCGCACCAACUUCCGCCUCGAGCGCGUGCGAGAGCGGACUGGGACGUGCUUGCGUUGCUGUUACGUUCACGGGCUCCGGAGCGCUAGAGGGGACCGAUACGUCGGUGUUGAGCAAAUUUAGUGGGUUGACGAUUGCUGAUGCGGCGGCUGAUGCGAGCGAUGUGCCGAGCAGUGCUGGCUUUGGGUCUUUGAGCUCGACUAGCAGGACCUCGACUAGCACCAGGCGUGUCAGGGCUAGGUCUAUUGGUGGUAGGAUCUGGAUUGGUGGCGUUGAGGACUUGAUUGUUUGA